AUGAACAAUCAACAUAUACCAGGACAAAUUUCAGAUGAUGAUGAACAAAAUUCUCUAACAUCUUAUCAAAAAUUUGAUAAAAUUAGAAUACAUCAAAAACAAGAAGCAAUAAAACGUGGAACAGAUUUACGAACUCGUCGGACACCUCAUCGAACGGAUACAUCUGAACCGGAUGAUAUAAAAGGAUUCGAUAAUAGUUCAUUUCACCCUGACGAUGGUGAACCAACAAUAUAUAAUGGCAAUAAUCAUCAUUCAACAGCUUUUCCAACUUCUGAACCAUUGCGCACCAUUCGUAUCACAUCAAAUGAGAAGGUGACGUCAAAAAACAGUCCAAACAGAUCCCGUCCAUCAACUGCAACAUCUGCUCAAUCUGUGUCACUAAAUCGUUCAACAAAAACAUUACAAGCAGUAUCCGGUGUUACAACUACAGUUAGUGUUGAUGAUGAUGAUGAUGAUGGAGAAGAAAUAAAAUUAAAUGAUUCUGAUGGUGAAAGUGAACGAGUACCAGUUAAACCAUGGUCACCAACUCCGAAUAAUUCUAAUGGAUCAGCAGCCUUACACUUUAUAAAUAAUAAUAAUACCACCAAUAAUAGUGAAUCAGAGUCUCCAACAGCUACAUCACCACAAUUAACAUAUGCCUUACGAUCACUUUUUGAAAUGAUUACAGAAGAUCUAGAUAAAUUUGUUUAUACACCUGCACCAAAUGGUCUCGGAGAUAUUCAAUGUCGUAUAACACGUGAUAAACGUGGAAUGGAAAAAGGUCUUUUUCCAACAUAUUAUAUGCAUGUUGAAAGACCGGGUGAUGGAAAAAAAUUUUUUAUUCUUGCUGGACGUAAACGUCGACGUAGUACAACAUCAAAUUAUUUGAUAUCAACAGAUGCAACUGAUUUAUCACGCGAUGGUGAAAGAUUUAUUGGAAAAUUACGAGCAAAUAUGUUAGGUACACAUUUUACUGUAUAUGAUCAAGGUUCAAAUCCAAAAAGAAAUAUUCCUGUGGAAGAACAUCGUCGAGAACUAGCGGCAAUUGUAUAUGAAACAAAUAUUUUGGGCUUUAAAGGACCACGUAAAAUGACAAUUAUUAUACCGGGUAUGAGCAGUGAUCAUCAUCGUGUUGAAGUUCGUCCAAGAAAUGAAUCAGAAAGUUUAGUUGAACGAUGGAAACAUACGAAUAUGGAUAAUUUACUUGAAUUACACAAUAAAACACCAGUUUGGAAUGAAGAAACUCAGUCUUAUGUAUUAAAUUUUCAUGGACGUGUAACACAAGCAUCAGUUAAAAAUUUUCAAGUUGUACAUGAAGAUGAUCAAGACUAUGUAUGUAUGCAAUUCGGUCGUGUGAGUGAUGAUGUGUUUACAUGCGAUUUCAAAUAUCCAUUAUGUGCUGUUCAAGCCUUUGGUAUUGCCUUAUCUUCGUUUGAUGGAAAACUCGCUUGCGAUUUAAUUCUACCACCUCUUGCUGUAUGGAUAGCAAGAGAUAAAAUGUGCAGUGGUACUGUAGCUCUUAAUAUUCUUCUUACAAUACUUGGAGUUGUUCCUGGAACUAUUCAUGCAUGGUUUGUUAUUUGUUGCUGUAAUGACCUUUAA